ACAGGGUUCUACCCUGUGGUCCUUAGAGAGUCUGUUAGUGAGUAUGCGGGUUGGUCUACGUGGUGAGGAGUGGGACUGCUCUGUAGUGCACCUGACACCAUGGAUGAUUACCCGAUGUAUGGUUUACUUGUUGGGUUCUCCCUCUGGGGGACCCUCUGACGUCUCCUCUUUCCCCUGGGAUUCUGGCACACAUUCACAUGUAGAGUAGAUACCAGGGGUGGUGCCUCCACUAAGCCUUAUACGAAGGAGGAGGAGGAGAAGAUGGCCGCCGUCCUGAGGGAGAGGAAAGAGGAGGCCAAAAAGAAGGCCUUACAGGAGGAGCAGGCGACGAAGUUGAAGAAGGUAGAGGAGGAGAUGGCCAGGGAGAAAGAAAGACUGAAGAAAGAAGAGGAGGAGAAACUAAAGGAGGUGGAAAAGGAAGAGGAGGAAGAGGAGCAGCCACUGGAGAGGAGGAGAGAGCAAUGAGGGCAGUACAUUGAAGAGAUGGAGAAGAGGAUUUCAGAGUGGGUUGCCAACUUGUCUUUGGGAGAAGAGGAGGAGGUAGCCAUGUAUAUUCCCAAGGACGAGCAGGAGGCCGUCGUGAAGGAAUGGGAUGCAGAAAGAAAUGCCUUGAAGCGACAGGCAAUGGAAGAUGAGAAGAGAAUGGAGUGGAAGUUAAGGAUGAUGAGUGAGAAGAAGAAGAGGAGGGUGGAUGCAGCAAGUGAAGCGGUCAAAGAGUUAGAGGAGGUCCAGAAACUGACUCUACAGUUGACCCCUCAAGUAGACCUCCAACGAAAGGUAGAGAUCAUCGCCCAGAGUGUCGAGGGCUUGGCCCGAGUCUCCCCGGAUCAGCACGUCUUGAUUGCGAUCCAUGCGCUUAGAGAUGAGGCUGCCAGUUUCGCAAGGUCCCUAGUCCGCUCUGCCAACUGCAAUGAUGAUGCAGUUGCUUACUCGUCAUUCACCCCCCUUGUAGAUUUCAUGAAGUUGUUGCGCGAGCGAUUUGCUGAUGCCUCGGAUAGGCUUCAGACCAUCCAUUCUCGUCAAUGGAAGAGUGCCAGGGCACUCAAGGGUGUUAUGGACGAAUGGGUAGCUGUUCCUGACCACGGGGUCACAGAGACCCAGUUUGUCAACCUCUUCUAUAGGGCCAUGCCCGAAUCGCUGUGUGGCCACUUCUUUGCGAAGAGUCAAGACCCUGCCAUGACGUACGAUGCACUCAGCAGGGAAGUGGUAGCCUCUGAGGCAAAAUCUGUGUCAGUUUCCACUUUCUGGCACAAAGACUUGGACAAAGGAAAUAAGUGGAAGGGUCACACUAUCUCAGGACAAGUUAAGACCAAGGAUAGUCUUGUCCUUACUUUAGAGGAAGGUAGUGUCGACGAGAUCCCCUACGAUCAGAUAGAGUGGGGGUUAAAAAAUGAGGACAGUGGGGUAAGUCAACGGAGGACUUACGCUGCUGUCACGGCUGGAGGGAGGCUGCAAGGAGGAGGACGAGGCCAGGGCCAAGGGGGCCGGGCCCCAGGGAACCGAUCGCAGGGCGCUCAGGGGGUUGGCGGCAGAGGAGGGAACUGCCAAGCGGGAGGCAGGGGUCAAGGUCCCCCGCAAAACCGUUCUGGGAAUAGGUUUCCUUAUAGGAGAGGUGGAUGGCACCCAGGACUGCCGCAAGGUAGCUCUUCGAGUGAGCCGCGUACACGUGCCCAGGUCGAGGCACGAAAAGGUGAAUUGGGAGAACUUCUCUCCCAGCUGCUGGUGGAUAUGGAAUUCGCUGUCCCAGCCGCAAGAGAACACAUCCGUGGUAAGUUUGACCUUGAUGCGAUCUCAGAUCGUUUGGCCAAAGCUACCACGGGUGUAGAGAUUGUAGCAGCAGGAAUAGAUAUUCAAAGAGUCAUUGGUCAGUGUCGUGAGAUACUGGACCAAUUCACCAUCCAGCAGUUGGAAGAGAGAGCCCAUCGGAAAGAGACCGUGCGAGAAGUAAAGGUAGAAAGUAUUGAAGAGAACAUACAACAGUUGAAAGAGACACUCGCAAAAGAAGAGAAAAAGCGAGAAGAACUGUUGCAAAAGAAAGAACAGGAAACUAGACUACGGCAGAGAAUGGGUAGAGUACAGCAGUAUGUUUCCUUAGAUGAAAAAGAUGUUGCUCAGACGCUCGGACAAAUAUUGACGUAUUUGGCUUUUCUUGAAGAAAAAUUGGACCAACAGCAAUCAAGGAUGGAUGAACUUGUUGUUGGCCUUCAUGUCAUUACUAGCAUUGUCAAGGGAAAAACCCCUGUGCUUGAAAAUGAUGAAGAGAAAGAAGAUAAAGAAAGAAAAGCCGACGUCAAGCCCGAGAAGUUACUUCUUGGUGGAAUGAAAAACGGCGACACAACGAAGAAGGAAACGGUUAAAGAAACCGAGAAGAAACCAAAAGAGAAUGGGAACGGGAAUGGCAAUGGGAAUGGCAAUGGAGAUGGGAAUGGGAACGGGAAUGGCAAUGGGAAUGGUGGUCCCUCCGGUCCCACUCCCUGUCCCAAGGACAAUGCCAAACCUGCAGAUCCGACUAAGCCAAAGAAAAAGGAAAAGGUGAAGAUGAAAUUGCCUUUUACUUUUUCUAACAAGAAAGAAGAAAGCCUUCCUCUUUGGAUUGCUGAGAUCCAAACCUACGUUGGGACUGCCCCGGUAGAAGAAGAGUCGCAAGUUGCGUUCACCACUUCUUGUAUGGGGGGAGAGGUGAAACAAUGGGUUCAUGCGGAAGCUAAUGCCGCAGGGUUUGACGAUAUAGGUGAUUGGGCGAAGACUAUGACCUUGAAGCAGUUCCUUGCAAAAGUCAAGGACCGCUUUCUGGACAAGACUACGGCCGAUAAGGCCUUCGACCAUCUCACCACGAUAGGACAAAAGUCCUGGUCUUCAGUUGAGUCAUUGUCUCGUGAGGUUGACCGACUGUUGCAGACUUUGUCUGAACCAAUCACGUCUAUUCUAGCUGACAAAAGUACGAUGACAGUAACGCAACACGUUGAUCGUGUUCGUUGUAUGUUCAGUACCAAGGAUGGGAAGAAGAUUUGGCAUGAGCUUCCCUUCCUGAUCGAGAAGAACAUGCCGUCUGAUAUCAUCUUGGGAAUGGAUUGGCACGAGGAAGCUGAUCCCAAGAUUGAUUUCAAACAGAAAGAAGUAAGAAUUAAGGAUGAAUCGUCUGAGUUGCAACCGGUUAAGUUCUAUCACCGGUCAGGGUCUGACUCUGUCUUAUCUUUCUGUUGCAUGAGCUACCCUGCAUUCCGAUCACUGGUUGCAAAGAAGAAGUUAGAGGAUGAGGUAGUAAUGUUGUUAGUUAAGAAAGCAGGUGAGUCUUCAACUACCCAUCCUCCUGGGAUAGAUGCACUCCUAAGGGAGUUCGCCGAUGUUAUGUCUGAGCUUACCGGGGUCACUUCGCGUGCUAUCAAGCACACGAUCGAGAUCAUGCCCGGUAGCAAGGUUCCCAAGGGUCCUAUUUAUCGCAUGUCUCCAAGGGAACUUGAGGAACUYAAGAAACAAUUGUCUGAGUUGAMGGAGAAGGGAUGGAUUCGCCCUAGCUCCUCUCCUUAUGGUGCACCUGUCUUAUUUGUGCCCAAAAAGGAAGGUGAGUUGCGCCUUUGCAUCGAUUAUAGAGGGCUAAAUGCCGUCACCGUCAAAAACGCCGAACCUUUGCCAAGGAUCGACGAUCUCUUGGAUCAGUUGCAGGGUUGUAAGGUUUUUAGUAAGAUCGACCUUAAGUCUGGGUACCACCAGAUCGAGGUGGAUCUCGUCGAUCAGCAUAAGACCGCGUUUCGUACGAGAUAUGGUCAUUACGAGUUCAUCGUGGUGCCAUUUGGUCUAACGAACGCACCUGCGACCUUCCAAAGGUCAAUGAACGAGUUAUUCAGGCAAUGGCUCGACGACUUCGUCAUCGUCUAUCUGGAUGACAUUCUAGUGUAUAGUAAAACACUAGAAGACCACCAGAAACAUCUACGUCUAGUACUCGGGAAGUUACGCGAGGGUAACUUCAAACUCAACCCAAAGAAAUCCGAGUUUGCUAAGUCUAAAGUCUUAUAUUUAAGACACAUAGUGAACGAGGAGGGAUUGAGGCCCGAGGAAAAGAAGAUCUCGGCAAUCAGAGAUUGGCCACAGCCAAAGACUUUGACAGACCUUCGAUCUUUCCUUGGUUUGGCGAGUUACUAUAGGAAGUUCGUUAGGAACUUCUCUGUUAUCGCUGCACUGAUGAGAAGGUUGCUUAAGAAAGGUACUGUCUGGCUAUGUGACUCGUCUUUUCGAAAGCUGAAAUAUGCUCUGACUCACUAUCCUGUCCUCAAGAUUGCCGACCCGUCUCUUCCUUUCAUUGUUACGACUGACGCGAGUCAGUACGGUGUUGGCGCUGUCUUACAGCAAGACGACGGCAAGGGCUACCGCCCUGUUGAGUUUAUGUCUAAACGUAUGCCGUGCGAAAAGGUCGCCAACUCCACCUACGAAAGGGAGUUGUAUGCAUUAGUCUGUGCCCUAGAAACGUGGAAACACUAUCUCCUUGGCAGACAUUUUACCGUGUACUCGGACCACUCGACUCUCAAGUGGAUCAAGACACAGCCUCGAUUGUCUGACAAGUUGGUACGUUGGUCUGCUUUUAUUGAUACCUUUGAUUUCGAACUCAAAACAAUUAAAGAGGCCAAGACUGAGCUUGUGAUUGCUAAAUUUCAGAUGCGAUGGGUAACUGAGUAUGGGUUUCCCAUGUCUAUCGUAUCUGAUCGCGAUGUCAGGUUCACAAGCAUGCUUUGGCAGAAGCUGAUGGAGGCCUACGGUACACGACUCACCAUGUCGUCAGAGUUGCGGUCGUUCUUGGGCUUAGCCAACUACUAUAGGAAGUUCGUGAGAUACUUCUCCACCAUCGCUGCGCCCCUUCGCAGAUUGCUGAAGAAGGAAGCGAUCUGGAAGUGGGAUAAGGACUGUACGUCUGCUAUGAAGAAGCUAAAACAGGCGUUGAUAGAAUUCCCAGUCCUUAAAGUAGCCGACCCGUCUUUACCUUUCGUUGUCACGACUGACGCGAGUCAGUACAGCAUAGGUGUUGUUCUACAGCAAGACGAUGGCAAUGGAUACAGACCCGUAGAGUUCAUGUCCGCUAGGAUGCCUUCAGAGAAGGUCGCGACAUCUACCUAUGAAAGGGAACUCUAUGCUCUCAGGCAAGCAUUAGAACACUGGAAGCACUACUUGCUUGGGAGGCACUUCAAAGUCCAUUCUGAUCACGAGACGUUGAGAUGGUUAAAGACCCAGGCCAAGAUGACACCUAAGCUUACUGGGUGGGCCGCAGAGAUAGAUCGGUAUGAUUUUGAGCUCAAGCCAGUAAAAGGGAAGUAUAACGUAGUUGCGGAUGCUCUGAGUAGGAGAGCGGACUACUUUGGAGCAAUAGUUCAAAUCCUUCGUGUUGGUGAGCCUCGUGAGGGAGAAUCAGUCGUUUUGAAUGGCGGCGCACGGGUAUACGAAAUCGUUGGUCUGCAGCCUUCCAGAUCUUAUGAAAUCAAGGUCUCCUUCCCUGCAUCGGUGCCAGCCACUUUCGACUUUCGAUUUCUUAAGCGCCCAUUAACCAUAACUGUGAACGGAAGCGGCGAUCAGACGGCAAAACUUCGUCGCCAAGGCAGAAAGCUACUUGACACAGAGAAAGUCACUUUUUUCGUCGACAAGCAAAGAGAGCUGCAUGAAGGGAGAAAUGCGGGAAUAUCCUAUGUAAAGCUGAGUACGGAGGCCUCGUGCGUCGGGGAUGCAAAGUCGGCGAGUGCCUUUGGUAUCGAUGUAGAGGAGAUUGUUGUGGAGGGAGUAGUCCGAUACUGGGUCAAGAUCGCGGAGUUUGUUGUAAAUGGUGGCGAAAUCGUGUUCGCGGCGAUCAUUCCAAUGGAAAGGCUCGUCCUUGCGGGUGAGUUCGUGGAGAGGGUAAGAGAUCUCGGAAAAGUUGUGAAUGAACAGGCGGUAAUAGUUGGCAAGGCCAAGGAAGGAACGGAGUUGGAGGAGGGUCUUGGGUGGGGGGUACUCGACGAGGGCUGUGACCUUCGAGGGGUCCAUACGGAUGCCUUCAGCGGAGACAAUAUGGCCRAGGUAUUCGACGCUCGAAGCGGCAAACGCACAUUUGCUGAGCUUGGCGUAAAUUUUUUGCUCGCGGAGGAUCGAGAGAACUUGGCGGAGGUGCUGAAGGUGGGACUCGAAGGUGGGGCUGAAGACAAGGAUGUCAUCAAGGUAGACGACGACACAGACUUCGAGGAGGUUGCGGAAGAUGUGGUUCAUGGUAGAUUGAAAGGUAGCGGGGGCAUUGAUUUUAUUCCAAUACGAAACUAUUUCGAAGAAUGAUUGGAAAUUGUAGAAAAGAAAUAAAAUUUCGAAGUUCAAAAAUUUAAAAGGAAUAACGAAUAAUAAGGAUUUCAAAAAGUAAUUUCUGAUUAAUUCCACGGUGCAAAAAGGUCUUAAGGAAAUUUCGGAUUUCGAAAGUGAUUCGAAUUCAAAAUUUCGAGAAAGGAUUAGCUACAGUUUAAGUUGAAAUUCCAAAAAUGAAAUAGAUAAUUGAAAGAAAAUUUCAAAAUAUAUUUAGUGGAACAAAUUUUCGAAUUCAAAAUUAGAGGAAAGAUUUUUGAAAAAAAGGAAAUUUGGAAAAGGAAAAGCUAUCAAUAUUCGGAAUGUUAAGGGAACAAAGAUCGUGAGAAAUA